AAAAAGCCCAGGAAAUGCAACGAACUCUACCUCAGAUCUCCAGCGGAAGAAAAAAUCCUGUAAGCAAAGCUCAGCACCAAAAACUCCAGGGAAUGCUGCUCGCCGACAUUUCUGGACAGGUUACCCACUGGGAGAUUCACCACUGUCUCAGUCCCAUUGCUACCUAAGAUAGAGCUGGCCCCUGUUGCUGGAAAGGCGUUUGUGGGAGUAAAGAUGGAGGCCGGAGGGGAGCGCUUUCCUAAACAAAGGCAAGUCCUGAUUCUCUUUCUCUUGCUGGGAGUGGCUCUGGCAGGCUGGGAAUCCCGUCGCUAUUUCGUGAUGGAGGAAACUGAGAGCGGCUCCUUUGUGGCCAAUCUUGCUAAGGACCUGGGGCUGGGAGUGGAGGAGCUAGCUGCGCGAGAAGCCCGGGUGGUCUCCGAGGACAACGAACCCUGGCUGCAGCUUGAUCUACAGACUGGGGAGUUGAUAUUAAGUGAGAAACUGGACCGGGAAGAGAUGUGCGGCCCCACAGAUCCAUGUGUAAUGCAUUUCCAAGUGUUACUGAAAAAACCACUGGGAGUAUUUCGAGCUGAGCUACUGGUGAGAGACAUAAACGAUCAUUCUCCUGAGUUUCCUGAAAGAGAAAUGACGCUGAAAAUCCUAGAGACUAGCCCUCCUGGGACCGUGUUUCCUCUGAAAACAGCCCAGGAUUUGGACGUGGGCAACAACAACAUACAAAACUACAAUAUCAGUCACAACUCUUACUUCCAUGUUUCCACCCGCAACUGGGGGGACGGCAGGAAAUACCCAGAGCUGGUGCUGGACAAAGAGCUGGAUCGCGAAGAGCAGGCCGAGCUCAGAUUAACCCUCACAGCGCUGGAUGGCGGCUCUCCGCCCAGGUCUGGCACCGCCCAGGUCCGAAUCUUGGUCUUGGACGUUAAUGACAACGCCCCUGAGUUUGCACAGACGCACUACCAGGUGCAGGUCCCAGAGAACAGCCCUGUAGGCACCCUAGUUGUCAAGGUCUCAGCUAGGGAUUUGGACACCGGAACAAACGGAGAGAUAUCAUAUUCCCUUUUUGAUAGUUCUCAAGAGAUAAGCACAACUUUUGAGCUAAGCAGCAUUUCAGGAGAAGUUCGACUAAUUAAAAAACUAGAUUUUGAGACAAUAUCCUCAUAUGAGCUGUAUAUAGAUGCGUCUGAUGGUGGGGGACUUUCUGGAAAAUGCUCUGUCUCCAUUGAGGUGAUGGAUGUUAAUGAUAACUCCCCAGAACUAACUAUUUCAUCACUUACCAACCCCAUUCCUGAAAAUUCCCCCGAGACAGAAGUGGCCCUGUUUAGGAUUCGAGACCGAGACUCAGGGGACAACGGAAGGAUGACUUGCUCCAUCCAGGAUGAUCUCCCCUUCCUCCUGAAACCAUCUGCAGAGAACUUCUACACCCUAGUAACAAAUGGGGCGCUGGACAGAGAGAGUAAAGCCCAAUAUAAUAUCACUAUCACCGUCACAGAUAUGGGGACACCGAGACUGAAAACCGAGCACAACAUAACCGUGCUGGUGUCCGACGUC